GAGGUGACCACCCCGGACUGCUCCUCCUCCUCCUCCUCCUGCUCUUGCUGCUGCUGCUGGCCGCAGCCCGAGAAGGACUGACCGUUCCGCCCCAGGAAAGGCCCCGGCCCCUGAGUGGGCCGCCGGUGGUGCGCCCUUGCAGCUAGCACGCUCGCCCGCAGCUCGCCCGUGGCAGGCUGCCCGCCGCCCAACUUUGGUCCAGCGGCCAUGGCCCUUUGGCUCAGCCUGGUGAUGCUCCUCGGCUGCUGGAGCCUGAAGGAUUCGGGGGCGCAGGCCUGCACGUGUUCCCCCAGUCACCCCCAGGAAGCCUUCUGCAACUCCGACAUCGUGAUACGUGCCAAGGUAGUGGGGAAAAAGCUUGUGAAGGAGGGGCCUUUUGGAACCCUAAGAUACACCAUCAAGCAAAUGAAGAUGUACCGAGGCUUCAGCAAGAUGCCCCAUGUGCAGUACAUCUACACGGAAGCUUCUGAAAGUCUUUGCGGGCUGAAGCUGGAAGUGAACAAGUACCAGUACCUGCUGACAGGCCGUGUUUAUGACGGAAAGGUGUACACUGGCCUAUGUAACUUUGUUGAGCGAUGGGACCAACUGACCCUCUCCCAGCGCAAAGGCCUGAAUUAUCGUUACCAUCUGGGUUGCAACUGCAAGAUCAAAUCCUGCUACUACCUGCCUUGUUUCGUGACCUCCAAGAACGAGUGCCUCUGGACAGACAUGCUCUCCAACUUCGGCUACCCUGGAUACCAGUCCAAGCACUAUGCUUGCAUCCGGCAGAAGGGAGGUUACUGCAGUUGGUACAGAGGCUGGGCGCCUCCCGACAAGACGAUCAUCAAUGCUACAGACCCCUGAGCACCUCUCCCCUCCCCCUGUCUCUUCCCUCCCUAUUGGCAGAGCUUCCCUCGGACACUAACUCUUACCAGAUGAUGAUGACAAUGAAAAAUUAGUGCCUGUUUUCUUGCAAAUUUAGCACUUCGAACACUUAAAGAAAAGUCUAUGCCGUCAUACUGAGUUUAUUGUUAAUCACACUUUUUAUUUUCUUCUUUUUGGUUCGCUACCACCCAUUUCCCUCAGACCUGUUGUUCUGGGGAUUUAGGAUGGCAUGCCAGAAAGAACAAGGAGCUUGUACUCCUCUUAUCAGUGUCUAUAUAAUCUAUAUUUUUUUAGGAAAACAAAAAUCUAAAAACUAUCCCAGUUGGGCAUUGUAAUCUCCGCUUUUUCACCUCCCUGCCCCCUUCGCCUCAGUGCGCAAAUUACACAAGACAUUUUCUGAAGGACGAAGGGGAUGGCGAUUGGUUAAGGUCCAUUGCCCAUUGACCCCAGAGGAAUCUGGGCAGUUUUUUUUUAAAUAUAAAAGAUAUGGAAUUGGAGUACAACAGCAGGGGGAGAAUCUGGAUAGGUGGGUGAGAGAGAGAGAGAGUGUGUGUGUGUGUGUGUGUGUGUGUGUGUGUGUGAGAGAGAGAGAGAGAGAGAGAGAGAGAGAGAGAGAGGAGAAGAGAAGAGUGAGUGAGUGCACAGAGUGUUUUGACUUCACCCAUCUCGGUAUGAUAAAGAAACUGGCAAGAAAGCAUCCCUCUUUUCUAAACUUACUUUCUAGGGGAAUCUAGCUUCAUGUCAGAAUUCCUGAGCCUCCUAAAUAUAAAGAGUUAAAUCUCUGCCUGAGGCCAGGGGGCAAUUAUCCUGCCUUGAAGAGCAGACCAGGUGAAGCUCUGAGAUUAAUGUCUUUACUUUUCUAAAACCCCACAAGAAUUGCUCCUGGAAAUUCUGUGGUUUGUAUUUGGCAGGAAAUCUGUCUCAUGUACAUUUUAGAAAAACAUUCAUUCACAGACACACAUACACACGCACACACACACACAGUCUACAAGAUCUAGUUAAGUAGAGCAGAUGGGGAAAGGGAGAUGGGUUGGAGAUGAGUGGAGUUUUGUUGCCCACUAGUAUUUAGCUCAGCUAGAGAAUGUGCUCAUAUACACACAUUCACACAGACAGGGAUAUAAGCUAAUUUUUUUGGACAAGACCCAGAGUUGUUUGUUGAUAAAACUAAGUCAAUAAUUUAAUCUUUUUUUGUGUGUGUGGGUUGGGGGGAAAGGGUUUAAAAAUGGAAACCAUGACAUUCCAAGUUGUUGAACUGUUUUUUCAUCCCCAAUUAAAUUUUAAACAUUGAAACUCCAGCACAGUGCCUGUAGCCGCUAGACUCUCUCCCCACACACAUUCUGUGGUCCCCAGCAUCAGUGCCUCUCUAGGAUCAGCAGCAGGCUCAGGAGACCUAACAGAUGGGUGUUAGGAUGGGUUGGACUGAGAAUGGGAAGAGGUGAAAAAUCCUAGCCCACUGGGCAAGUUCACUCCCUUGCAGUUCUCAUUUUCCCAACCAAAGAACUCCGUUUGGUCCCAAAGCUCCUCAGACCACAAUUACUGGAGGCCCUGAUGCUGGGAUUUUCUGAUUCCUGCUGCUCCACAUUAACAAUGGCACCGGCGGGAUGGUUCCUGGAGAUUUGUUUUGUUGGCGGCUGGAGGAUUUUUUUUUUUAAAGAAAACUAUAAUAUAAAUUCUCUAAAUAAAAUUAUUUUACGUUUUAAUGUUGAUAAGGAGGAAUUGCUGACGGAAUGGAUGACAGUGUAUAUUUUACAGAGUUGGGGAUGGUGACACUUAACAUGAUUUUUUUUUCUUUUUUUAUGAUUACAAUUAUUUAUCUUUUGAUUCUUUGUCUCUUCCAUUCAUUCCACUUAAGAACUAGAGCUGCCUUGGUUUGUCAUUUUCCCCUCAGAGUCAUCGGAUGAAUGACACCUAAAAAUACAGUCUGGCCUCAGUUGCCUGAAAGAACCCGAUAGUUCAGAUCAUGUGUUUUGGGGGUUUGAGUCUUGGGGAUUAUUAACCAGUAAAGACACACCUGCCAAUCCCCUCUCACCUGGAAACAGGCAUUUGGCAUAUAUCACAAUCAAAUGUGCUGGGCAGAAGAGUAAGAAUGCCUAUGGGGGGAAAAAGUACCACCUUUGUUCUCGUUUGAUGAAGGAGCCGCUGCCCACAGUCGAUAGGGUUUUGUCGAGGCUGACAACACAUGUUUCAGAGCCUUCCUGGGAUUAUCUCUGAAUUUAGCACUGACCCACAGUCAGGUGGCUGUCACUACCCCAGAGGCCAAUGCUCCAGCAGCCGUGUUGAUCCAACAAUACGACUGGAGCAAAACUGGGAAAGGAAUCACUUAAUCGGGGUUUCCUACAGGUGGAAAGAAGGGUGAAAUGACAAAAAUUGUUCCCAUUCAAGGGGAGGGAGAAAUGGUGUUUAAGCAAAGGACCGUUUGCAGAGUGUUGUCAAAGGGCAGCUUAAGCUUUCUAUAAGCUCUAGCUUUUGUGUAUUUUUACCUGUUCACUUACUGUAUAUUGUUAUGGUCUUUUAAUUAGCUGAGACACUUUGGAAUUUGAAUUAAAUUAUUGUGGCUUUUUUGGCUAGCUCAUAUGUCCUAAGUAGGCUGUAAUAUUUCUGCACCUUGUCGAGAAAACAAAACAAAAAACUCUACACGGGCUACCAUUUUCCUCUUCCAAACUACAUGGGAUGCUGGAGGAUGGGCUAUUUCAGACUUGGAGGAUGUCAGCUUGGCAAGUGGGUGGGAAUGUCAUAUGUUCAGUCCUGAGGAGGAUUCAGGAAUGAAAGAGGUUGCUUUUUUUGUUCUAGGAGGGACAGUCUUACAGGCUUUACACAGUUGUGGACAAACGGCCUCAAACUGUUGCCCUCUCAGCCUCAGGUUCCACCCAGCCUUAAUCCCUGGCCCUCCGGUUAGAGUUUCAACAAAGAAGGCCCAUAGUCAAAGAGGGAGGGGAAGCCCCCUUGAAUCAUUCUUUCCCCUCCGACGAAGCACAACCUACCGGUACAUUUAAUCACACCCCCUACAAACUGAGCAGAGGAACUGAACACAAGAGUUGACUCCGAGUUAACUGUCAAUCUGGCCAGACUCCUCCCUAACUGAGAGAAGCCUGCGGUGAAUCUGCUCUUCAAUCUAUAUCCUUCCUGUCAUUCACCAAACCACCCACCCCGGGACUGGAGGCACUAGAAAGAAGAUGGAGUUCUUGGUGACCCUAAGCUAAUAACUGGUGAUGAGAGGAGGGGAGAGGGAAGGGGACGAUGCUAACUAUAGGAGCCCAAUUAGAAAUACACUCCCCCAAUUCCAAAUGACCCCAUCUAGGAGGAUUUCAUGACUUUGGACGUUUUCGUCUUCUGAUUGUAACAUGUCCUUGGCUUGGAAACUGUAAUGUCUUUCCUUCCCCCUGUUUUUCCCCUCCAACUUGUGGGUAGCACCUAAGUGUUUGGCUGCUGGCUAUUCAAAAAACUAGACUGAAGUAUAUUUACAGGGAAAAAAAGGAAAUUUAAAAUCUGGAUGGCUCUGGCAAAAAUUAAAUUACAUGGUAAUCAACGGCUUCCAAAUCAGACGCCACUCUGCAGGGGCCCACCUUUUCAUAGUGGGAAGACAAUGCUGCAGAAAAGAAAUCCUCAAAGGUCUGUUUUAGUGCUUUUGGGCACUGGCUUCUCAGAGGCCCAGGUAUCUCCAAAUUUUCCGUGUAGCCAGUGGACUGUCCUUGAGUCGCAGAAAGUUACGGAAGGGAAACCACCCAGGAGAAAACCUUGUCUGGAAGGAAUGUAUUUGUUGCUAAAUUUUGUAGCACUGUUUACAGUUUUCCUCCAUGUUAUUUAUGAAUUUUAUAUUCAGUGAAUGUAUAUUGUCUUUUAAGGUAAUGUUGCAUAAUGUUCACUUUUUAUAGGGUGUCCUUUAUUCUAAACAGUAAAAUGGUUUUAUUUCUAUCACAGACA